GUGUGCGUCAGCGUGUGUGCGUCAACAUGUGCGCGUCAACACGUGCAUGCAGAGCGGGACGGGAACCUGCUAAUGAUCCGGCUACGGAAGCCGAGCCGCUUCCUACUGGCGUGCUGGGAGGCAUUUCUCCAAGUGAAAGGGCAGGAGAGGGGUCUCUAAGCCUGUGGGGCGGGACGGGGCUUCAGCUGCCUCUGAGCCCUCGGAUGGCGCUAAGAUGAAAGUGAAGGCCGGGCUCUCCAGACCUUCCAAGGGCCGUGCCGUGGCCAAGCCGGAGCUUGGUAAGAAGCCCGAUCGGAAAAAACAGAAGAAAAAGAAAUUCUGGAAAAAAUACCCCAAGGCGGCAGCAGAAGCUUCCAAGAAACCGGAGAGUGAGGAUGCCCGGGCAGGGUCUGGGGCAGGGGCGGCGCUGCCCCCCAAAGGGCCGCAAGAAUUUUCCCACAACUGGAAGGCUUUGCAGGAGCUGUUGAAACAAAAAACACCAAAUCCAGAAAAGUCUGUUCCUGCUUCUCUGGGGAAUCCCAGAAAACAACCCAAAAGCUACCACCAGAAUGGCAGAAGUGUUUCUAAAAAGGAAGAACAUGGUGAUGCAGAACUACCAAAGGUGCCAGGCAAAAUAGGCCAACCUUGCCCCAAGGCUUCUAUUCCUUUAGGAUCUUCGAAUGACUCAAAGGUUGUCCCUCAUAAAAAGUUCAGUGAAACAAAGGGCACAGGCAAUGGAACUGAAACCAAGAAAAGAAAAAAUAGUGGCCUUCACCAGAAAAUAGGUGACAUCAAGCAUAAGAAGAGGAAAGCAGAAGAAUUAGUUCCUCCUCCACCCACAGAAUCAGACAUCUGGUUUGAUGAUGUAGAUCCUAAGGAUAUAGAAGCUGCCAUUGGUCCAGAAGCUGCAAAAAUAGCCCGAAAAAAACUGGGUCUGAAGGAAAGUAAUCUGUCACUGGUGAAAGAAGGGGCAUUUGAAGGCAUGACCAAAGCCGUAGCUAUGGAUUGUGAGAUGGUGGGAGCAGGGCCAGACGGAGAAGAAAACAUCCUUGCCCGAGUGUCCAUUGUGAACCAGUUUGGGAAGUGUGUUUAUGACAAGUAUGUCAAGCCUACAGAGAAAGUGACUGAUUACCGAACAGAUGUCAGUGGAAUUCGGCCAGAGGACAUCAAACAUGGAGAAGAGUACCAAGUUGUCCAAAAGGAGGUGGCAGAACUUCUUAAGGGCAGGAUUCUAGUUGGACAUGCUCUGCAUAAUGACUUAAAGAUUCUACUUCUUGAUCAUCCCAAAAAGAAGAUACGGGACACACAGAAAUAUAAACCUUUCAGGACACAGGUAAAGAGCGGAAGACCAUCUCUGAAACUGCUCAGUGAGAAAAUUCUUGGUAUCAAAAUACAGCAGUCAGAACACUGUUCGAUUCAAGAUGCCCAGGCAGCAAUGAGGCUCUAUGUAAUGGUGAAAAAACAUUGGGAAGGAACCAUCAAAGACAAAUAUAAACUACAAAAGGAGAAAAUGACAAAGCAUAACUGAGCCCUCCUUGUCACCAUUUCUGCUGCCUACCUUGCCAGUGGCUUGUUCCUCAGUAGUGUGGUCAUGUCCCCCGAAGAAACUGAACAGGGGCCUUCCCGAGCCAAGGGAGGGGCAGGGUUUUUGGUCAGCUUACCAUAUCUCUUAUCUGUUGAUUGUGUAGCCCUUGGAGUUGGGACAUAUGAAAUAUUCCCAAAGAUGGUCACUUUUUGGAGAAACUUUCACAAUUGUGGGUAUAGGCGAUGUGUGCUUACUACUAAAGGGGAAUUUGACCCUCUUCAGAUAGAAGUUGCUCUUGCCCAGGAGCUCACAGUUUCUUGUUUACAUUCCUUUCCUGUGUUCCAGAAAUCACUGUUAAUAUCAGGGGCUUAAUUGGAGUGUAGGUCAGGGCAUGUUUGUGGAGGGAUGGCCUUUUCUCUGGGCACAGAAAGUGAAGAUCAGAGACUGGUUCUGGGCUUCAGUGAAACUGUGCAGCUCCCAAUAAUCCAUUUUCAAAAUUAAUAAUUUCAUCAGCACAUGCAAUGAUGUGGUCACUUUCUGGACCAUUAAGUCUAUGCACUUGUACAACAGGAGGCAUACAGUACGUAACUGGCUUGUUAAUUUGGAUCACUGCCAUCUUACUCUCCCUUUCUGCUCUCUUGAGCUGUGUGUGCCAAAUAGUAUCAUGGACUAUGCUGGGAGUAAAUGGAGGGGAGCAGUAUCUAGGAGUCCAGUGGACCCAGAGCAACCAGGCAACUCUUGACUCUGUAAUUUACCUUGCUAAAAAUUGACUGGAGAAACUAACAGACCUGAGUAUUUCCCACCCUAAUCAGUUGUUGCUGCCACAAGGAGAAAAUCUCAUCUGUAUCUGGGAGACCACAGAUGGAGGCAUCUACACCUAAUACCUUCCCAGGAGACUUGUCUGAAAGAUGUCACGUUGUUUCUACCCAAAUUUAAACUUCACUUUUUCUGAUUUGGUGGUGUCUGCAAAGGGUACUUAACUUGUUUAAAACUGGAGCCCCCCCAAGUAGGCCUCUACUGUGGAAAUAAUCUGACCUCCCAAAAUCCCUAAAUUACAUUAAAAUUACAAUAUUUAGAUUGUGUAAAUUAGAAAUUUUAGGUUGAUCACAUCUAAUCAAAAUGUGUGUUAGUUCCAGUCAUAACCUUACUGUUAACACAAACAUCCUGAAAUAUAACGAGCACCUCUAAGAAUAGCAUUCUCAGGAGUGAUUGAGGGGAUGGUGGGGAUUUGGUUGGUGGUUUUUUUUUUUAAUAAAUAAUUUAUUGACCUCCUGC